AAAUCACAAAAUUUUGAUGAGUUACCAGACUUCUGGCCUGCUCUCUGCAGGCACUGGUCUGAAGGGUGGUACAGAAGUGGGUGGUUGAUCUUGAUCUUACCUGCUUUCCUUUCCCUUCUUCUUCUAACCAAUUUUCUGAUAUUACAGAAGGGAAAGAAAAGUAUUUUUUUUCAAAUUUCCAAGUGUAGAGAUUAAAAAGAUUAGGUUUUUUUAGGAUUUUGUCAGUAAUUAGUAAAUAUGGGCGUUAUUUCGGGUGUAGUCUCGAGGCAUGUCUUGCCAGCAUGUGGCAACCUCUGUUUCUUUUGCCCUUCUAUGCGUCCAAGGUCUAGACAGCCUGUCAAGAGAUACAAGAAGCUCAUUUCAGACAUUUUUCCCAAGUCACAGGAUGAAGAGCCUAAUGACAGGAAGAUUGGUAAACUCUGUGAAUACGCUGUUCGAAACCCUUUUCGAAUACCAAAGAUUGCAAGCUCCCUAGGGCAAAAAUGCUACAGGGAAUUGAGGAACGAGAAUUUUCACGCGGUGAAAAUUGUUAUGUGUAUUUACAGGAAAUUGAUAUCAUCGUGUCGUGAGCAAAUGUCUUUGUUCGCAAAUAGUUUAAUGACUAUAGUUCAAACCUUGCUGGAUCAACCAAACAAUGAAGAAGUUUUACUUAUUGGAUGCCAAUCGCUCUUUGUUUUCGUUAAUAAUCAGAACGAUGGAACGUACAUGUUUACCUUAGAUGGAUUUAUUCCACGGCUCUGUGAGCUUGCCCAAGAAGUUGGAGAAGAUGACAAGGUGCUACAUUUAAGGGCAGCUUGCCUACAAACUCUAUCUGCUAUGGUUUGGUUCAUGGGCGAAAACUCGCAUAUUUCAGCUGAAUUCGAUAAGAUUGUUUUGGUAGUCUUAGAAAAUUACGGAGGCGAAAGCAAGGACUCAAAUUCCAACCAAACAAGUUGGGUGGAAGAAGUUAGUAAAACUGAGGGGAAUGUUUCUCCUUCAACGAAUGUUGUAUCGAAGAUUCCCUCUUGGAAAAUGGUUGUGAAUGAUAAGGGAAAUCUCAAUGUGGCAGAGGAGGACUCCAAGAACCCGUGCUUUUGGUCCCGGGUUUGCCUGCACAACAUGGCGACACUUGGGAAAGAGGCAACAACCCUGCGUCGGGUUAUGGAAUCCUUGUUCCGUUACUUUGAUAAUGGAAAUAUGUGGCCGAUCAAAGACGGGAUCGCUUUACCUGUACUCAAAGAUGUGCAGUUCUUGAUGGAAGAUUCCGGGCAAAACACACAAGUUUUGCUGUCUAUACUAGUCAAGCAUCUCGAUCACAAAAAUGUCCUUAAGCAACCAGAGAUACAACUUGACAUUGUGCAGGUCGUCACUGUCCUUGCUCGUAUGUCAAAGGUCCAGUCAUCAGUUGCUAUAGUCAGCGCCGUGAGCGAUAUCAUGAGGCAUUUGCGUAAGAGCAUACAUAAUAGGAUCGAUGAUGCAAAUCUUGGCAAAGAUUUGGUUAACUGGAACAAGAAAUUCCAUGAAGCAGUGGAUGAAUGUCUCAUCGAGUUAUCAUCAAAGGUGGGAGAUGCAGGUCUCAUCCUUGAUGUUAUGGCUAGUAUGUUGGAGAACAUACCCGGCAUCAACAUUAUCGCAAGAACAACUAUUUCGGCUGUCUAUCGCACGGCUCAAAUUAUCGCUUCUUUGCCUAAUUUAUCGUAUCAAAACAAGGCAUUCCCGGACGCGUUGUUUCACCAACUACUUCCGGCCAUGCUCCAUCCAGAUCACAACACGAGCAUCGGAGCUCACCAGAUCUUCUCGGUUGUGCUUGUGCCGUCUUCAAUCGCCCCACAAUCUGAUCAUGCUGUGUCUGACUCGAAGAAGAACGUCCUCUAUCCAAGAACACUCUCGAGAACUGUUUCAGUGUUUUCUUCAUCGGGUGCACUGUUCGAUAAGAUGAAACAUCAGAGAGCUGAGCAGAGCCAAGAAAAGCCUUCGGGUGAUGUCGGACAGGGAAACAACACCGGUGGAGUAUUAAACAGAAUCAAGUCGGGUUAUAGCCGAGUACAGAGCUUCAAACCAACGGCCCCAAACGUUGAUGCCACAACCAAAUCUAGCAAGCAAAUGGAUGCCGUUCCGCUUAGACUCAGCAGCCACCAAAUAAACCUGCUGCUUACAUCUAUUUGGGUACAAUCUGUUGCUCCUGAAAACUUGCCUGAGGAUUAUGUUGCUUUAGCUCACACUUACAGCUUGAUGCUGCUGUUUUCUCGAGCCAAGACCUCCUACAUUGACACACUUGUUCGAAGUUUCCAGAUGGCGUUUUCGUUAAGGGAUGUUUCUCUUGCAGCAGAAGGAGUACUCCCGCCAUCACGUCGCAGGUCUCUCUUCGUGCUGGCAACUUCGAUGAUAUUCUUUGCAUCAAAGGCUUACAACAUUAUUCCUGUAGCCGCUCGCGUCAAAUCUACGCUCACAAGUAAAGUGGUCGAUCCAUUCUUGUCUUUGGUAGACGACUCAAAGCUGCAAGCUAAUGAAACCAGAAAAGUUGUGUAUGGUUCCCAAGAAGACGACGUUUCAGCUUUGAAAUGUCUUUCUGAAACAAAAAUAUACGACGAGCAGACAACCACGUCUCUCACUGCCCUAAUUGUCAAGAGCCUCGAUAACUUAACAGAAUCAGAGGUUUCCUCCACCAGGGAACAACUUCUCAAAGAUUUCGUGCCCGAAGAUUUGGGCUCACUUGAAGGCCCGUGGCUCGGUAAUUACAUGGAAGGAAGGCACAUGAAUAAGGCGAGCUUGAGUGGCGAUAAAUCCUUUGACAAGGUGGCCUCAAUGUUUGUUACGGACGACGAUGGUUUCCCAGAGUCAGUUGGAACCGAAAAACAGAACAUGCAGUUGGAUGUACAGAAUCCUAAUCUCAUUAGCGUUGAUCAGCUUCUGCUAUCUGUGCUGGAAACUUCGACAAACGUAGGCAGAAUGUCAGUCUGCACAGCCCAAGAUGCCUCGUACAAGGAAACGGCCAACCACUGCGCGCAUCACAAACCCGGGCCUUUGAUGGCGAUAGCCGCACAAGGAGAGAGCAAGGCGAUGGAGCCACAAGUUUGCAAUCAAAACAAGGCUGGAAACCCGUUCGUGGACAACGAUGAUCACAGGCUUCAAGUUGUGCAAAGCACUGGUGGUGGUCCAGGGCCGUGCACAACCGAAGCUCAGAACGAGUUCAGGCUGCCGUCAGCAAGCCCGUUCGACAACUUCUUGAAGGCGGCUGGAUGCUGAUCCGUCCUCGUCUUGUCAGUAUGCUCGUCUACGACAGGCACGUGUUGAGGGUGCUAGCAGUAGAAACAGCAACAUUGGUUUUUUGGCGCCCCCUAUGCUUCAUUAAAAAAUAAAAUAAUUUUUGAAAAAAAGAUGGGUGUAGUAGUGGAUCAUGAAGCUCUGCUAGCGGAGGUGUGAGUGAUUUUGUUGUAGAGCUAGCAUAGAAGAAGAUCGAUGUUCGAAGGAACAUGCAUAUUUGGGUUCCUCUUUUUGUCUGUUGUUCCA